AUGGACGAAAGCGAGAAACCGAGUGGCAUGGAUCAGCUGCAUCAGCUUCUUCUCAGCUUUCAGUGCCAGCGAGUCCCUUUCGACUUGAUCAGCCGAGCCUCCGAGCCAAAGUUAUCAUGGUCUGCAACUGGUGAAAUCGAGCAGAUACAGCCCCACGAAGGGGGAGUGCCGCAAUGGCUGCUUGACCUCCGGGAAGCACACCAGUGGCCUUUCGACCAUGAUGACGAUGUCGCCGACCCGGAACACGACGGUCUACGCCUUGUCAACGACUGCGGCGUCUGGUAUUUCGAGGUACAGCCAACCGACAGUUCGGAAGUGGACGAGUACGAGCAGAGCCAGGAAGCAUACGCCUCGCAAUGCGUCUGCAUUUUCAAUCACGCAUACCCCUGUCGAAACACAGAAGUCCUCGGCGAAGAAAUUGCUGCUCGUCUGAUGCCCCUUGCAAAAGUAUUUCUACUACCUUUGCUCGCUUCCGUCUCUGAAAAUGACAUUCAGGAUUGGCUCCUGCCUAAAGAGAGUCCUUUGUACCCGGCAAGCUUCCCUCGAAAGAUGGUCAAUGCUAUCGACACACCAACAACUCAAGGCUCUGUAGCGCAAGACCGUGGAGUCGAACCUUGCCUCACAGUUGUCCUUGAACUGAUUGAGAUUAUAUCUUCCUCUUCGCUAGACGCCUUCGAAAGACUCGCCUCGAACAUCGCUUGCGGCGAUCUUGAUGAGAGGUCCAACGCGUGGUCCGGCCUCACACUUAUGGUACUUCUGUCCAGUCAGACAGCGGAGAGGCCACGUCCAAAGGCCCUUUCAAAUUUCAUUGCCAAGGCAGCUGCCUCUUGGUAUCCAAAAUCGACAACAAGCCCAUCCCCUAUGGAAUACCUCCUUGCCAUCGAAUUGCUUCCACGCGCUCAACUCCGGACCAUCUCACUUCCAGAAUCCCUUAGAGUGAAUACAGAGCUUAACGUUCUCCGGGGGCUUCUUCUUUCCAGGAUUCAAUACUACGACGAAGCUUCCAGGGUCUUGUAUGAUGCUAUGCCGGCUGCCAUCUCUCACUGGGGCAUUGCGUCUUUCCAAGUUGGGAUUGUUGCCGCCGAGAGUGCCAAUUGUUACAACAUGCUACGAAAGGAGGAUGUUGCCAACACAAUAGCGACUCGAUGCCUUGCUGCGAGAAGCACCCCCGAGCUCAUCGGCCGGCAAGAUUGGUUUUAUCUAAGUCUCUAUCUCGUAGAUUCUCUCAUUGGAAGUGGGAAAUACGGAGAGGCAAAAUCAAUUCUUGAACACCUCAUUAGCCAACGGCCGAUUACUCCUGCAAUCCACAUGAUGGGUUGCUUGCGUCUCUCCAAGAUUCGCCGACGAGUCUCGGCAGAAAGUGGAACCAUUGAAUUUUACCACUUCUUACGUGAAGGACUUGGCCUAUUGGGUCAAGUACCCAGUGCUCUUCGAGAAGAGUAUUUGGAGGAAGCAGCCUGUAGUCUUUCGGCGGCAGUGGCAACAACACAGGGGAGUCUUGAGGCACAAGAAACCCUGAUAGAUGAUAUCAACGCCCUUAUAGGCCAGGCAGGUCUAAGGGAAAGUCCGGCACAAAAACGAUAUGCGCAAGCACAACUUGAGUUCAAGCAACGCACCCUUCGACAAGAGGACAGCAUUGUAUCAGGAUUUGGCAUCCCUCGGGUGGACUCAAUUACACUAGCCGAUGAUGCGGCCGGCCGCGCGCUCACAACAUCCUCAUCUAUCAUUGAUGGCACCACAACAUGCAUUGCGACCGAAAAAGUCUUCUCUAUUCCGUACGGGAGAAUUGAGUCUUUUAUCACGAGACCGGAGGUGCAGAAGAGGAUUGAUCUUCUUAACAUUGACUGUGACGACCACAUGCAUGUGUACUGUAUCCACGGAGAGGCGGGCAUUGGCAAAACGGCCUUCGUUACCGAUUUAGUACAGACACUUCCAUUCUCUUGUCCUGCCGUUAUCUGGAUUCAGGAUGGCCCAUUGGAUGAAAUCUGCGACAACCUUCGGAAAUGCGCUAUGCAACUCGAGCUACAGGCCGUCGGAUCGUCAACACCAGUCUGCCAAGAUCAAGCCCUGGAGCAAUUGUUCAAAUGGUUUCAAGAUCCAAAAACACUUGCUUCAGAUAAGCCAUGGUUGCUCGUGUUUGACGGCAUUGAAAAUGAACAAGUCCUUGAUCAGAUUUGGCCACACGGAGGUAGGUUUGGUAACGUCAUUGUUACCACUCGAAAAGGGCCUUCGUUACCGAUUACGUCUGACAUUAGAUUCAUCAAAAUGGAACAACUGGACCUAACAAAGGCAACGCAAUUGGCAUCUUAUUACCUUCCCAACUCUGAAAUCCUACGGCGGACCUCGGGAAUUUCUCCAAGAACUUACAAGACAAAAGACCUUCAUUCAUUGGUGAAUUUGCUUGACUGUCACCCAGCUGCUAUCAAACCAGCGGCAUCACUCAUCUCACGAGAUGGCAUGUCUAUACGGGAUUUCAUUUCCGCAUUUAAACAGGUCCAAGCAUCUUACUUAAGCUUGCCAGCCAUGAACGAGAUUCGUCGACAACCGAACCAUAGCCUUCCCCUCAUCACAAUCUGGCUCAGUCAAUCCCACGAGAGUGACCAUUUGAUGAAUGUCAUCUCUCUUCUCUCUGGCCUUGAGAUUGAAGAAAGGUUUCUAUGGCCCAAUGAUGAACUCAUCAAAACUAACGACUAUCCUCGAACCGUCGAGGAUUUUGAGAUGAUGAUGGACCAGCUGCUCGAGUCGACCUUGAUCUGGAGAAGUCGGGGGCAUACUCUCUGCACUUCCACAACUGUGCAAGCUAUUCUUAGGGGGCGCAUGAAUUCGAAAUCAUUCAGUGAUGCCUACUGCAGAGCCCUUCUCUUGCUUCAUCACUCAUGGCCCUGCAAGUUUGAGGCCCUUCUCUGGACUGACUCCUCCCUUUCAACUCACACGACGUGUUCUGACCUAUGGCCCCACGUUUUCAGCCUCACUGAGCUGCUCCAUCUCUUAGCUCAACGCUCCUUCAACUCCGACAUGCCAAUGUUAACCAACCCCAGCUGCGCCAUCAUGUGCAAUGACUAUCAUAAUGCCAAUUUAUUUCUUGGCCUGGCUAUCGACAACCUCGACGAGAGUGUCUUAGAACAAGGCGUUUCAGGCCGGAUUUCUCUCAAGUUGGCCCGACAGCGGUGCAUACUCAGCCAUCACCGAGGGCGACUCGCUUAUCGCCAAAGGUUACACCAAGAAGCUAAAGCUCACUUUAGACGCUCUUUUGUCAUAGCUGUUCAAGAACUUCAGCCCGGAUCGGAAGACUACUGGGUCAUUCAAGCCACUGCUCACCAGGGACUUGGUGAUGUCCAUCGGAAAACAGACGAUUUUGAGGCUGCCAUAGUCUCCUAUGAGAUGAGCAUCAAAGCCCUCAUACAUGUCGAAGAAAAGUAUAGGCGACAUCUUUCAGCGGCAAGGAUACGCCUGGGGCUCUCGCUGCUGUUGAAUGAGCAGCCUGAAGCCGCAGAGAGCGUGCUGGAACAAGCCCGUCCACCAAGUUCCGCUGCAAGCGUACAUGGUGACAUGCCAAAUCUCUCGAGAAAUCUACCCUUGUUUCUUGGGCUUGCCAUUGCCAAGUUGGUCCAAAACAAGGCAGAGGAGAGUCUUCAACUGGCUUUGGAAUGUCAAAGUAACAGUCCACCCCCCUUCGUCUUCCAUCUCGUCAUGUCUAUUAGCUAUGGGCAUCUGUCCAAGUUCGGCCCUGCCCUGGAACACUUGGAUCGAGCCAGAAUGGCUUUUGGUUCAAGCGGUACUUUCUCCGCAGAAUUAGGUCUUCUAAGACAGCAAAAACAUGCGUUUAACUUGAUGCGCCAAGGGACCUGGGGAAGCUUGGAGUUGCAGACAUUUUUGGGGGGAUGGGGUCACUUUUUCGAUGAGCCGGGGUUUCUCAACAUGCAUUUUUUUGCUACACAUGUAAUAUCUUAUCUCUCGCGCAAUCUGUAG